GUGACGAUAGUGCAAGAGAAGUUCGAUAUCGAUAAAGAGAACUCGGUGACUGUGAGUAUCACUCGUAUGGGACCUCACUUCAACAUGAAGGAGUUGGACACUUUAAGUGGUGGCAAUAAGGAGGUGCAAGAAAUGCUGAAGCAAUACGUAGUUAACGAUGGGGACUAUGAGGGUCUGAGUGUCGGCUU